UAACAGUAGUGCUAAUCACCUACUUUUCAAAAUAAUUUUUCGAAAAAAAAUUAAAAUCAAAUCUAAAAAUUCAUCGUUAAAUGUUAACAAAUUUUAUAAAAAAAAAGAUAUAAUCCUAAAUUAAAAAUGGACAAUUCAACUGUAAUUGAAUAUCAAUUAACAAAUUUUCAAUUUCUUUCUGUAUGUCACUAUAUUACUGGUUUUGCCUAUUUCCUCUACAAUGAAAAUUUAAUAAAUUCAGAUCAAAAUCAAACAGUUUCCGUGUUAAAUUCACUCUUUCACUAUUUAUAUAAUUCGAAAAAUGAAUCUGAAGCAAAAUUAAAAAUUCUUCAAGCAAUACUAAAAGGAACCGAUUUUUACGGUGGUGGUGAAAAUGAAACACUUGACAUGAAAUACGUUGAUGAAACAUAUCAUUACAUUAUUAGCAAAUCUCUAUUUUCCCAUUAUGGAAACAUUAAUCGAUAUUUAGCUGGAAUAAUUAAUAAAUCAAAUAAAAUGGAAUACUUUGAAAUCAAGAAAACAGUUUUUGACGAAUUUUCCCAAAAUUACAAAACUCGUGAUUAUUGUUCAUCGGGAAAUGAAAGUUUUAAACUCACACCAUUAGCGACAAGAAAAAUUUUCGAUGAUUUCAUUUGGAUAAUUUUUCCCCUACCGAUGAGAGAGAAUAUGAAAAUAAUAGAUGUUCAUUAUAUAUACGCAAUGGUUGGUUUAAAAUUUAUUAGUGCUACUUCGGUAGAUGCAAAAAAUUUAACAUUCGAUAAUUACACUCUAAUAGGACGUGAAAUUGAUACACAAUCAUUUGAUAACAAUACUUUAGGAUUAAUUUUGGAAUUAUUUUCAGCGCCAGCUUUAUUUUUCUUUGCCUAUAAAGAGAGAAUGGAAUUUCAUAAUAAUAAUAAUAAUCAAUUAUCCCUAAGCAAUGAAUUUUGGAUUAAAAUUUUUGAAAAAUUAUUCAUCUACAUAAAUAAUAAAAUGGAUAAUAUGAUUCGUGAAAUUAUUCAUGGUACUCUUCUUUAUAAAUUGGAAAACGAAAUUCAAAAUUUAAAAAGUCGAACAUCUUUAGCUAAUACAAUAUUAAAAAUAUAUUGCCAUGAUUCUAUUUCUGAAUAUCAUGUAGCACUGUAUAAAACCCUAUAUUUAUGGACGUCAAAAUUGAUUCUCUUCUUUCAUUGUCAAACAGAUGAUCUUCCAAAUUUAGACGAUAUUUAUGAUGAACAAUUUACAAACGUUGAAGAAACGUACAAUAAAGUUGAAAAGACCGCAAUUAAAAAUAUCCUAAUCGAUAGUAAUUUAAUAGAAAAAAUAAAUGAAAAUGUUUUUAUCAAAUUAGCAAAAACUCCUAUAUAUUCAAUGUAUUUAAUAUUCAUUCCACCUCCGAUUAUUUUUCAUCAAUCUCCAAGACUUAUAAUGAAUAAAAAUAUACAUUUAUUAUUUGCAAUAAUAGACAAAGGUGAAGAAGAAUUUUAUGCUUUUCAACAAAAGGAUAAUUCAUUAACUCUAUUGACAUGCAAAAAAAAUGAACGUGAAUUUGCUAAAGCAAUUGUUAAUGAUUCAUCGAAAAAAAUGGAAAUUCCAAUAUUUGCCAAAACACUCAAACGUCGUGGUGAAAAUUAUAAAACAUUUGUUCAGCGUGUCGCUGAUAUAAAGACAAAACAAUUUAUUAAAGAUUUAAAAAAUCAUUAUAGAGAAACAACUAUUGGGGAAAAUAUUUUUAGUUUUAUAAAACCAUUUAUUCCAUUUUACAGUUGUAUUGAAAAUAUAAGUGAUGAUAAAUUAAAUGAAGCUGCAUUUAGUUGUUCUCUUGAUAUAUUGAGUCUUAUUCCAAUUGGUUUAUUUGCGGGAAAAUAUGCAAUAAUACUGCAAUCUAGUUUAAUGAGGGGAAUUUUUAAAAAUACCAUAAUUAUCAAUGUUUUAUCAAAUAUGAAAAAUAUUGGAAUAUUUACAACUAAAUCUUUCAUGAAACAAAUUUCCCUUAUAACAUCAAAAACAAUAUCAAAGGAAAUUUUAACUAAGGCAAUGCUAAAAGAUUUAUUAAUUGCUACUUUACGAUCAUUCGAUCCUGGAUUUGAGGCACUCUAUACAUUUUUUAAAUUCAGUAUGAAAGAACUUUGGAAAUUAUAUGAAUUUUUAAUUUUUAAAAUUCGGAAAAUUCCCGGAACGGUAAAUCUAAUUUCCGUGAUGGAAUCGAUUUUAAAAAGAUAUCAAAUUCCCGAUCAUACGGGACUUGUACCUAAAAUUUUAGGUGAGGGAGAAAAUUUCAAUUUGGUAAAAUACUAUUAUCCAGGUGGUUCUAAUUUUUUUGGACCUACUUGUUUAAAGUCAUUUGGCAAAACUGCGGAAUUACGAAGUAUUGAAAAUUAUGCUCAUCAAUUACCCGUGGUAUCGGUAAAAACAGAAGAUAAAAUUUUCUAUCAUCCUUAUAAUCCCAUUAAGGGUGAAAUUUUUAACGAUAAAUUCGAAAAUGGUAAAUACGAUAUUCUUCAAAAAAUUGGUUAUCUCCUGGAGGAAUUUUCACCUAGGAAUGAAAAAAUAAUAAGAAAUUAUAAUAUCUAUCCGGUUACAAUUAAUUGGGAAAAAAAACUUGAAAUGAAUUCUGAUGAAUAUGUUAAUCUUCAACGUCAAGAAACAUCAAGUGCAGUGGUCCAGAAUUCUGAUCAAAUAUCCAUUGAUAAUGUGGCAAGUACUUCAAAAGGAAUUGUAUCAGGACAAAUGAUUCCUCAUUCUGUUAAUCCUAAUCUUCAAAAAAUUUCAAAAACUAUUAAAAAAGAAAGUAAAAAUUUAGCUCUUGAUAUUAAUGUGGCAAGAACUUCAAAAGAAAUUAUGUCAAAACAAACUAUUUCUCAACUUUCAGGAAAUUCAAAAAAUAUUCUACCAGCAAUUUACAAUGUUCGUGAAAUUACUAAAUCAUCAAUACGUCCAACUAAAUUUAAAAUUAGUUUACCUAAAGAUAAAAUUCCACCUAAAACUUCUAUAACAUCUACAAAUUUAUUUGAUACAUACAUAAAAAUGGAAAAACCCUUUACACCAAAAGAUUAUCUUUUUGAAUUCGGUGAUUCUAAAUAUAAAAAUUUAAUAUCACUACUCAAUAAAUUCAAAACCGAAGGUUUGUCAUCAAUACGAAAAAAUGGUAUUGAAUUUAGAAAUUUUCGUCUCAUUUUAGAUAGAAUAAAUUCAAUGCAAAUUAAUGAUGGAACAAUUCAAAAAUCAAUAAAAUUAUGGCACAUUGAAGAAACAAAUCCAAAAAUAUUUCAAUAUUUAAAACAAUUUAAAGAAGAGGAAUUCUAUUUCAAUGAUUUGACUCUAUUAAUUUCCAACGAUCCAAUUUCAUUUGUUGAAAAAACAAAAAAUCUUUUUCCAAUAGAUAAAACAGUGAAAUAUGAAUUAAAUUUUGAUAAUCAAUAUGGAGUUAUUGAUAUUGGUAAUAUUCAUGAAACAUUCCAAGGUAAUUAUAUUCUAUAUCCAGAAGUAAAAUUUAAAGUAACUGAUAUAAAUACAGAUAUUUCUAAUAAUUUAAUUUUGCAAAUGGACAAAAUUCCAUUGAGAAAAUUCGAAUGGAUUGGAAUUAGAAAUGCUGAUCUUAAAUUAUUGGUCCCCAGUGUAAAUAUGGAAAUAUCAGAAAGAAUAAAAUUUAUCGAAUUAGCUGCAGAAUUUAUAUCAUCACAUGUUCCAUUGUGUAAAUAUAUUGAAACGAAAAAUGUCUUAAAGAGAUAUAUAUUAAAAUUUCAACCAAGCAAUACACAGGUAUUCACUUAUGAUCAAUUGGCAAGGGAUAUUUAUAAUAAAUUAGAAAUUUCCGAAAAAUAUUCCCAUUGGAGAAUAAAGAAUGGAAAAUUUAUCGACGAUGUUCUAUUUGAUAGUAAAUUAUAUAAAUUUUUCGAUUCAUCAACUUUAAAAGAAAAAAUAUUUAAAAUUUAUGAUCCUACUGUAAAUCCAAAUGUUGUACAAACUUUUAAUCAUUAUCAACAGUUUGAUGAUAUUGAAAAAAUUUUACGUUUUGAAGAUUUUUAUAUAAUUCAUUCGCAUUUAAUUGGUCAAUUAAUUUUAAAUAAAGAUAACAAUCGACGAUAUUUAGCUUCUAUUUAUAGAUUAGCACUUCGACAAUGUUCGACGGUAUGGAUUAAAAAUUCAAUUACAAUUUAUCAUUUAGAAAUGGUUGAUACAAAAUCCUAUGAUAUUUUAAAAACGUAUAGAGAGAAAAAAACAUUUACAACAAGUAAAAUAAUUACAUGUAGUGCACAACGUGAAGGGGAAAUGUUAAAAAUUUCAGAUGCAUCGAGUAAAUCUACAAAAAUGCCAGUAUUGUUUCAAAUUACAAUGAGAAAUCAAGCUGGUAUUGCGGAUGUUGGUCGUAUUUUUCCAUCGAUAUAUGGAAUGCAUAUUGUUCCUGUUAAUAUGAAAUUUGUUGUUGAUAAAACUGAUGUUCGAUUAAUUGAUGGAAAAAAUGUUCUUUUAUUUGAAAUACACGAUUCGGAAAUAACCACAGAAUUAAGAAUGGUUAAUAUUGUCAGUGAACUUAAUGAACUAUUUUCAACUUCCACAAAAUUUUAUGUGAAUUAAUUGAUUUUCUUUUAAAAUUCAAUAAUCUGAAUUUUAGAAAUAAAAAUUUAAGUUAAUUCUGUCACUUAUGUAAUUUAUUAUAUAAAGUUUAAUUAAAAACUACAUAUUACUGAAAAUAA